AUGUACGAAAAAUUCUGCGACGAGUUUAUGGGUCACAAGAAUUAUGUCAAUCGAUACGACAAAAAAUUUUAUUUAAUUUAUAAAUUGGUCGAGUCUUGUGAGUCCUGUUCGGCCAUCAGAACAAUGAGUCCGUUGUCUGCGUCCAAAAGAAUGAUUCUUUGCGUCAUCAAAGCAUUUACAGACACAGGCCUUAGCUUUGAUACUACCGGUGCAAACAGGGGUUCCCUUAAUUACAUCAUUUUCCCCAUUCAUAUACGCCUCGCUCUGAGACUUCUUGUCCAUAUACUUAAUAACAGUAAUAAUUAA